AUGCAGACAAGUACCGGUGCCGCAGGGGAAGGCGAGAAUGCAACCGCGUUGUGCAAAUUUUGGGCCAACGCCAAGUGCAAGGGAGGCGGCUGUCGCUUCCGCCAUGCAUUCCUCGACGAGGCCGAGCGGCAGCACUCGGCGGAGCUGCGGCGACACAAGGAGGAGCUGAAGCAGCGGCAGCACGACCCUCUCGACCCGUUCGAAGACAAGCUCCCUCGCUCCACUCGCGCGCUCGUGUUCGGCGAGUGGCUGGUGAAGACGUUUGGAGCGGAGCGGCUGCGCCAGGGGAGCGGAGUGGUGGACGUGGCGGGGGGCAAGGGCUACCUCUCGUUCCAGCUGCAGUGCGCCGGCCACGACGUCCCGACCACCCUCAUCGAGCCUCGUCCCGCCAAGCUACACCGCAAGCAAGUCAAGUCCCUCAACCUGCGCGUAGAGCGAUUGGAGGCGGAGACGGCCCGCACCAUCCUACGUGAUUGCUCCGCCGUGGUGGGUCUCCACUCGGACCAGGCCACCGAGCCGAUCGUGGACUUUGCCCUGGCCCACAACAAAUGCUUCGCGGUGGUGCCUUGUUGUGUCUUCCCCUCCCAGUUCCCCGACCGGCGACUAAAGGACGGACGGCGCGUUGUUGUGCCCGAGGAGUUCAUUCGCUACUUGAUGGAGAAGGACGCGCGCAUCAAGGUGGACUACCUGGAGAUGGCGGGAAGGAACAAGGUGGUGUACAUGCUCCCAUGA